AUGGACUCGAACGAUCCAUUUUUUCGACAGCUCGAGUUCUUCCCUAUGUCUGACAACCGACAGGUUGACUCCGUUGGCCAACCCUUCUCGGCCGGGACCUCCACACAACCUCCCUCGAUAUGGGAAACAGCCGGGCCAGCCCUCGACACGGGGCUUACCAUGUCGCCGUCAACAGCUCCCACAAGCCAAACACUCUAUUCUUCACCGGCCCAGGGGAUCCAAUCCAGGCCAGUCCUGCCAGCCCGGGCCCCUAAGUUGGCCGAUAUGCAUGAGAGGAAACGAUCGAGGUUGAGCAUGGAUGUAACCACGCCGCUUGACUCGGUCGACUACUGGAUCGACUUUGACAACGACGACAGCCUUCCCAGCAUACCCGAGACAUUCGAGCCUCAGGACCCGGACAGUGUCAAAAAAGACAAGGCUCACAUGCGCCGGAGGCCUACCAAUCCCACCCCCUCGGCUUCCAUGUCGAAAUCUGACGAUUUCAUCGACGACAGUGCGCUUGACAACGCGUUAUCGGAUGAAGAUGGCUUCUCGUCCAUUAAUCUUGUCGACCAACUCUCACAAAUCAGUACGGUACCGCCCCAAGAAGUGCCGCCACGCGAGGGUUUGUACUCGACGCCCCUGAGUUGGGAGCGGCCGCAGUCGGGAAUACGCAUGGAUUCGCUAGCCGGCUUCCAUGGUUCCUCGCUAAAUGAAGCGGAACAAAGACGGCUGAUUGCCAUCGCCAUGAACCCAGGGUCGAGUAUGGGAGGCCUUGGCUCAGACAUCAACUUCAACCUCGGGAUGGCCGCCGGUAUGGCCAUCCCGUUUGGGACCGGACUCGAAGGCUCCAGGAUAGGUCAGGGGCCGAAGCCAGUAUCUCCACCGCACCCAUCCGGAACCCAAGGCCGUACAGGAUCGUCAAGCUCGCUAAAGAAACAAGGAAACGAAAAAGGGAAGGAGAAGCUGAAGACCGGAGACAGGGCAGCGCACAAUGACAUUGAGCGGAAAUAUCGAACGAACUUGAAGGACAGGAUCUCGGAGCUAAGGGAUGCGGUUCCGGCCCUCCGGACAAUAUCGGAAGAAGGUGACGAGGGCGAAGAGAUGCAGCCAUCAAGAGCGGCCAAAGUCAGCAAGGGCACUGUUCUCACCAAAGCAACCGAAUACAUUCAGCUCCUCGAACGACGGAACAAGCAAAUCGCCCAAGAGCACCGAGAUCUCUCGAGGCGACUACAGGCGUUUGAAGAAUUACUGAGCGCGACGGCCGGGCAAGCAUAUAGCAUGCCAACCUACAGCAGAACUCUAUUUGACCCAAGAGGGUUCUGCUAG